AUGCUUCGGCUUCUACCGAUCCUUCUAAUCUGCUGCCACGUGGCCGACGUGGCAGGCGUCUGCCGCGACACUGACACGUGCAUCGAGAGAAUCAAAGAGGUGGUGGCUGCUCCAAGACGGUGAGAACGGGGGUAAUUAGGUACUUGGGGUAAUAAUGACGGGGCGAGGACCACCCACAGAGCCAGCGAACAGCAGGUAGCGGAUUAGAACGGAGUCAAUUAGUUGAAGUGUGAAUAUGAAUAGAAGCACACCAAACGGGGAUCAAUGUUCGAACUUUCAUUUCAGAUUCUGGUUCGGCGAGCAACGAUCAGCCCUGUGCUCGCACCGAAAUGCCAAGUCUCUCGAGUGCGGCGGACCUCCUCAACUCGCCAGUUUCCAUUCCAUCGCCAGCCGUCUUUUCAGGCACGUUUCUUCCGUUUCUUCCGUUUCGAAGCCCGCAAUUAGGUGCAGUACACCCAUUAUUAGCACAAAGACAAACACGCAACAUAGCAGAAAUAGAAAUGACGGCGUUUCAGAGUCAAAACCUAUCAUUCUGCGUACCUUCGCAACUUGAACAUCUUUCCCAGAGUCACCUACAGAGCAUCUCCCGGUAUAAGUUCCUCUGAGCUGCUAGAAGUUCAAUCUCCCUUUUGCAGGUCACUAUCGUGCUUGCGAACACGAUUUCUUUUCCGGAAACACGUCGGCAGUCGAAGCAGAUCCCGACAUGGACCCGGUGGAGCCAUUCCGCAUUCGCAAGCGCCCUGAAAUCACCUGGAGCGAAUUGCAAUUUGACGAUCAAUACACUAUUGUGUUCACUGAUGUCGGGUACGCCACGCUCAAUUACCUGGCAGUCGACUUUCCAAAAGCUACGAAGAUCCUCAAGGAGUACGAGCCGACCGAAAACUUCCGUCCUUCUCCGAACCCGAUGGUCGUGCUGAUCUUCCGGAAGGGACGAAUGGAAGUGGAGGCGCCGAAGAGCGAGGAGGACUUUGACCUUCCGCAAUUCAUGCUGAAGCACGAGCUGGAGGACGAUCUGGUCGGGCUGGCGCUAGUUGUUGCCAGCAGUGAUCCGUUCGCGAUCGAAAAGCAGAGACUGCGCGGAAAAGUAGACUACUGUCACAGUCUCCUGCAGAAGAGACUCGCCUCCAAUCCGCCACGUCAUCACACAAUUCUUCAUCGUCUUCCCAUCGAUGAGAUCGACUCGUGGCUCUCUGUUUCGUUUGAGCAGCAUGCGGUGAAUGCGAACGUCUGCUGCCAGAAAGUGAAGCUUCCGAAGACUUCCGUGUUCUUGGAUCCUCUGGGCGAUGUGUCCAUUUCUGCGCUCAGCACGCUCACUGCUCCGUCCAUCAGCUCCAUGAGAAUCACGGCUGCUCAGUCGAACUACAUCAACUAUCACCGACAAACACGGAACUUUGUCGGUCAGUUCACUUCCAUUUGUGCCAUCGAUUCAUUCCAUAAUGCCUUUCCAGAGCUCUCAAAUGAAAAGUUCGCACUGGCCAUCAUAGACGCCCACCACGGCCAUUUGCACUGGCUCGAAGUGGACAUUCCGGCGGCCAACCUGAAUGCCGCCAAUGGAAAUGGCCUCACGGUUAGUGAAACAUAAAAAAGUUCUUGUGGCCACGGAUGCGUCGAAAUUUAUUUAUUCCGCAAAAGUGUUUGGCGCUUGGCUUGGCGCGAAAACUCAUCAAAACUGGUACGAAUGCAAUAAUGCAUUCCGAUGCGUUUCCACACUUUUCCGCUUCAAAAAAUCAACAAUCAAAUGUUUGGUCCGUGCGAGAGACGGGACUCUGCGGCUCUCGGAGCGAAACUCAAUCGGAAAGGGGUUUCGAAAUGAAAUCGAGGGGACUUUCCGGAUGAUACGGCCACUUUACGAGGCGAAUACAAUUGUUGCAGAAGGCCGAUUAUGUGCCGUUGAUUCCGAAGAAGCCGUCCACGUGUCACUCGUAUCUUUUCGUGCUUCUCGCCCAGCCGGCAACUCUGCAGCCGUUGGAGCCCUACUGUGAGGGAAUGUGCGAGAGCAGAAAGAAGUUCAGGUAGUCAUUGAUCAAUGAAAGUGCUCCCCAACUCGUUUUUCAGACUGGAUCUCUUCACACAGCAGCACGGUCUCCGUCUCUCCGCCCUUUCCACAGUCUCGUCCUGCUACGAUCUUCCGUACGCCUACCACAUUCUGAUGAAGGACGCCGCCAGCCAGAACCAGACUUUGGAGCGUCGUGGGCGGCAGCGGACUUCGCUGCAUUCGCCCAUGUCUUCUGAAGUGUGCGCCGCGUUCCACGUGUCCCCUCAUCACAAAUGCCCUGUCAGUUCCGUCUACCGUAUCUCUUCCCUUCUGACCCUUCUCGUUCUUGCUCACUUCCUGUAG